UAAUGCUAAGUGUAUGAGGCCUACUGUCAUAGCUUUGGUUUAAAUAUGUCUCACUUUCUGUUGUAUCUGUAUGUUUGCUAACUGGAAGGUUUUUAAGUCUAAUCUGGACAAUAAACAACAUUUUUUUUUACUCACUUAUAAUCUUUUUUUAUUUAUUCACUCAUUACUGAAAUCCGGUCAAGUAGCAGCGUUAUGUUUGUCAUCGAGAUUUCUAUUUUAUUUUAUCAUAUUUUUAUAGACACAUUAUUUAUACAGAGGACUUUAUUAUAAGGGAACGUGGAAUACAAUUCAUUAAAAAUAGAAUUCACAAAUCUUUUAUUUAUUUAGUCCUGUUUCCAAAGUUAUCCAUGUAUCCAUUACAUCGGAUCUUUAGGUCGAUGUGGUAAUAAAAUCAGUAUAUCGAUCAAUAUCGUGAUAAAUUAAGUCACAGAAUGUUUUUCUGUGAUAUCGUGGAAAUCAUGAUACGUUUUUAUUUUAUAUUCCUCACUCGUACAAUUAUGUUGAAAGUUAUGUUAAAAAGUAAAAAAAAAUAAAAAAAGCCUUUAAGCUGUUGUUGUCUCAGAACAAAAGUAUUAUGUGACUGAUUAAUAAUAAUAAUAAUAAUAAUAAUAAUAAUAAUACAGGAUACAUAAACCUGCCUUCAAGUCCAGAGUGUGUAUUUGAAUUAGGAUUAGAAUUAGGAUCUCUUCUUGUCAAUCAUUUGAUGGCCACGCCCCCAAAAACCCUUUCCCAUUCUGAGGAGAAGGUUAUAUAUGAGUAUAUAGUGUACUCGUGCUUUCAAGGGGUUGAAUGUCCCAGUGCACCUGAAAGUGACUUGACCGAAUUUGAUAAUAAAUUGUGGAAGUUAAUUCGUCGUAAAAAAUUUGUGGGGCUUUGAGUACAUGGAUGGAAACGGGGCGGAUUCAACGGAUCAUAAAACUCAUUAAAAUCUAAUUAAGCUCUUUAACCCAUAGAGGCUUUUUUUCCUUCACAAAUUUGAUAUUUUUGUUGUAUAAAAAUAAUCUGUUUGAAAGAAUUUUCAAUUUGAUGAUCUUUUUAUUUUUGUCAAGAAAAAAGUAUUGGCACCCCGAUGGCUCGGGCAAGCCGUGAUCUUGUGUGGCUGACAAACCGCAGCACAUUUUUAAACGUAAACUAUUUGUGAAUAUUGAGUUAAUUUCUUUAAUGUAAAUCGGUACAUACCGUGUCAUACUGUUUUAUCGCUGUUCUAAUGUUUUAUCCAUCACAUCAAUCUCAACUUCUCCUGCCCUCAGUUAUACACAACUGGUUUUGAUGUGUGAUGAGAAACAGACACAGGUGACAAUGUCACGGCAACGUUCGAGAUCCCCUCUGCAUUCAAGAACCUCGUCUCUGCUCGGAAGGCGAGAUGGAUAUUACGGUGAGCAGUACCAUGCGACGGUGCGUUCUGAUCUGUGGAGAGGUUCGGAAAAUGUCAACAGAAACGCGGAAAGCGCCGUACGCUGGGAUAACGGUUCCUCUCAAGCAGAGGAACAGGUUGACCACUGGGCUAAGUUCAUCGAGGCCAUCGGUCGUGCUGAAAAGCGGAAAACUUCUUCCAUGAGGUACCACUCACAGGAUGGCAUCCAGUCUUUUAACCAGGACUCGGCACGCUCUCCGAGAGAGCUUCCCAGGGAGAGAUUGUCUUCUCCAGAAGCUUUACUCUACAGCAUGGAAACGCAUCAGAGGAUUCAGUCUCCAGGCCAUAGGAGGAACGAGCAUGAUGACGCACACGUAGACAGACGCUAUUCAAGAAGUUCCAGUCCCAGGCACUCACAAGGAAAGAGAAACGACAGAAUGGAACAUCGAUAUCAUAAUGAAGAACACGAAGAUAAAUAUGAAAGAAGCUCCUAUAGUGAGAGGUCACUGAAGUCAAAUUAUACGGAGCAUCAACUACAUUUUAAACGAUUCCAAGAUUUGGAUGCGCAGGAGGAAUAUACUGUGUCACACAGGGGUUUGAGCCCAAAUUGUGCCCCUGUUAUAGUUGAGCAUGAUCAUGGAAUCCCUAAGCAUGAUGCCAGGAUCCACAAUCCAGGUAGGGAACGAGAGCGACCUACAAGCCGUGAUCCAGCAAGGGAGCGAGGGGAUCCACGGAACCAUGAUCCGAGUAGGGGCCGAGAGCGUCCGAGGAGCCGUGAUCCGGUUAGGGAGAGAGAGCACACAAGAAUUGGUGACCCUGUUAGAGUCCAGGAGCAUCUGAGGAACCCCGAUUCAGUUGCCCAACGAGAGCAUUCAAGGAGCCGUGAUCCAGGUAGGGACCGGGAGUACCCAAGGAGCAGUGGUCCAAUCAGGCACCAGGAGCAUGUAAGGAGCCAUGGUCCAGUUAGGGACAGAGACCAUUCAAGGAGCUCUGAUGGUCCGAGAAGCAGUGAUCAUCUACCAAGAGACAGAGAUUAUCCAAAAAGCAGUGAACCACAAAGGGGCAGAGAUCCUACACUGGGAAGAGAAUCAUCAAGGAACAACGAAUUCUAUAAACCUGGAAGGGAUUAUAACCAUCAACCACGAACAUCCCACGAUAGUCCUAGUGGUCCAUCAAAUUAUCACGUAAGGGAAGACGCAAGAUUCUCUUCGGCUGUAAGAGGAAGUCCCUUGCGAGGCAUGCGACACCAGAAGGAGUCGCCUCGGGUCGAAUCACUUUUAAGAGCGCCCCAUGGACAAAGGGCAGCGGACGAUCGUGACUUCAGAAUGGAUGAGAGCAAUCGGGCAAGACCUUACACUUGUGACUGGGAGGAAGAGACGCAACCUAGAGGUGGUGUGCUGGGGCAAGGAAAUGUUCCGAAAGGAGAUCCUCAACAUAGGAACCCGAGUCAUCCUGGAGCUAGAAUGGAUUUUGCCAGUCAUGAGACUCUCAAGAUCAAAGUGGACAUGAGUCGUCCUGUGGGCCACAGCAGCCACUUAGGCUAUUCCAAUGAAAGGCAGUUAUCACUUGAUUUGGUCAAUGUGGGUCGACAGCGUCUCGACUUCCUGCCUUUGCUGGAGCAUUCUGGGACGUUCAGGGAGUCGGCGAUGCACUCUGGGACCUUCGCCCAAGAGAUAAUCACUUUGGUGCAUCAUGUCAAAGAAAAUUAUUUUCAGGGCCAAGGCAUCACACUGAACGCACGUUUCUCUAACGAACAAGAGUACUCGUUGACGGACGAGUUUGCAGACGAAGAGCAGGAGACGGAGGGCGCCGGGCCUGUCGUGAACAGGCCACUCGGUUCCACGUCUUUAGACACACAGAUUUUCUGCAAAAUUGAGCAGAUGCAGUCACAGAGGAAGCCACACGUUCCUGCUCCUGGUGAUCUCAGGCAUGACCUGGAAAGGAAAAGACUGGAGAGACUAGAAGGUGUGAAGAUCACUAUCGCCGGGGGGAGUUUCUCUCAGAUACCGCCUCAGAGUCAGGAGAACGAGUCUGCGUACGCAGUCGACGAAGACCCUCGUGAAGCAUCAUGGGACGAGGAGGUUCCUCAGCCACCGGAGCUCUGGCAGGACGAACUACGUCAGAAAAGACCCGCUCAAAAUUUCAACCCCAGGCGGAAUUUCAAACGCGCCCGCAAUCGGCACGGCACGCGCAUGAAGAAGAGCACAAAUGACGGUGCCCGGUGGUGAGGAACGGGACAGAAGUGAAGCUCCUGCAUCGUAAACAUCAGUACCUUCUCAAAGCUUUGUACAUGAAAGGCUUCCGUCAUUUAUGUGAAAUUUCACUGUACGUCCUCAUAAAUAAAAACGAUUUCACACAUCGUUCAUCUGCGUCUCGAGAGAAUCCUGAUCGGCGUAGUGUUUUAUUUUUUAUCUCCUCUCUUAACCAUUACAUGCUCAGCUUCAUUUAAAUCCAUAUGACGUACACAUCAUUUUUAUGUGCAGCGUUAACGUAGGACACGUUCACAGAUACGUUAGUUAUAUUCACCAAAUUAUUCACUAAUAAUGUUCGCCAAAAUGUUUAAUAUGCAGAAACUUUUAAAACAAUUCAUUUUGAUGAGGAAUAUUUCAUCGAGGUGCUUUCUGUGCCUUAUCGUUCGCUGUCUUUUAAUCCAUUUUAAGUAAAACAUCCGUGUUUAUGUCGGAAAAGCUUCAUCUGAAGUUGUACAUAUAGUUUUGUAUGAAAUAAAUAAAUAAAUAAUUAAUAACCAAC